AUGUCGAAUAAAGUUAAAGACACUGAUGAAAUUAUGAUUGAUGCUGGAUAUGUACCAGUAUCAGGAGAACAAAUUGAAGAAGAAUCAACGGGAAUAAAAAAGUUAACUGACGAGGAGGAGACCGUUAAACCAAAAUUUCGUCCUGCUACUAUUAAUGAACUUAACAAUGGUGCACCACAAGUUCGUAAAAUACCUGUUCCGCCCAAUAGGUUUACACCACUUAAAAAAAGAAUGGAAAAAGAUUUAUGA